AGGUACAAUAUAGUUAUAACCAUAGCUGAGCUGUUCCUGUAAUAUUUCAAAACAUAACUUUAUUUCUUUCUGGUAUUAUGAACUAUUUGCAUUGACAAUAUCAGCGCGUGCGUAGUUAAAAUAGUCACAAAAGUGUGGUUCCUAUAUGUCCUUCAGUGGUUACAGGGUUUACCCAGAAUUGCCAACUUAUAUUUAAUUUGUGCCUUUAUCUGUUAUGAUUUACUYUUUAUUUUAUGCCUAUUUAAUGAUUCUUGUUAGUGUUAGGUUUGAUAAUCUUGAUAGCUUUUGUAAGAAUCGUAGAACAAUCCAAACUUUGGAUUUUURCUUAAUAAUUUAUUUUAAGACACCUGUUAGAUAAUACAUAUACAUAUUAUAACGGCUAAAAAGCCCAUCCUGUUCGAAAUUCACCACCCUUUUAGCCAGCCUGCCCAAACCUACAAGUAUGAAUUGUCAAAAGUAAGACUGAAAAAAUCGUUUACUCUGGUUGAAUCAUCAAUAUUAGCGUCAAGGAAAAUUGUCUUCCGCGUAUAUUAAGUAUUCAUUUCGCUUUUGUUAGUGUAUUCUUGUUAAAUUAAACAAAUCUUUAUACAAAAUUAUUAAAACUGUGUGAACUUAAAUAAGAGUAAAUGGAAGAAUUGUGGCAUAAAGUGUGCAUUCACUUCGCUGUCCCUGAGGAUGUGGCCAAAAGCUGGUACACACGCAUAUAUCAGCGACUUAAUGAAAGSCAUUCGAAACGUUACUAUCAUAAUUGGAAUGAAAUGAUGCAGCAUAAACACGAACACUUGCUGCAUUGUAAGCCURCUUUGGUUUUGGCCGCAUUUUUCCAAUACUAUUCUUAUGAUGGCAUUCAGCCUUGUGCUAAAGAAAAUUGUGCAGCAUUUGAAGAAUUUUGUUGCGAUGCAUCAUUGGAUGAUCAAGAGUCCAAAAACUCAAUAUUAAAACUUUUGGGCGAUAAAUCUGUGGAAAAUGAACUAGAAACCACCUUUGAAGACGACGCUAACAUUCUGCAGGAUUUGGAUUUGGUCAUAUUAGCUGCCAGUGGUGAGAACUAUAAACGUUACUGCCAAUUACUGCGUAUGGAAUAUGAGCAUAUGAGCGACGUGGAUUAUAAAAAUAUGCGUUUGAAGGUGCUGCAAACAUUACUAAGCAUACCAAAUAUUUUUUCAACAACGGAWUUUCAAACUCGUUUUGAAGCUGCAGCUCGUGCUAAUAUGAAAGAGGAAAUAAGCACUCUUAAAAUCUGUACGUAAUAUUUGAUGAAUUUCGAAAUUAGAAAUAUGUAAACGCGUUGACCUUAUUAUUACACGAUAUAUUAAACAGAUACUAAAAGAAAAAUAUGUAUAGCUAAAAUCAAAAAAUUUUAGAAGAUGCAACUCAAUCAAAUGAAAGUUAACUUGAGAAUUCCAAACAGUACUUACACGUACAUAUUAUAUUUCAGAUACAUACAUAUAUACUUAGCUAGUAGUUAGGUUGCAUUCGCGGACAUAAUAAAUUUCGUAUGUGUUGUUAAAAUGUUGUUGUAUUAUUAAACGCAGGCAAAUCUCAACGGUGUCAAAUUGAAAAAGUUAAGAGAAAAUAUUAAACCCACCUAGCAUGUAUAAUCUGGCUUAGUAUUCAACAAACAACCGCUGCACCGCAAAUGCACAAAUGAAAUAUUUAUGAAAUUCUAAUGUUGUCUAUUUUCUCUGUAUUUAUUGUAUGUAAAAUAAAUGAAAAUAAAYUAGUGAAGCAGCAA